AUGGCGACCACAGAACAAGUCGAGCUUUCUGUUCUUCAAAAAGAGUUGUCAUGGUUACUGAGAGAGGAGGUACAUCAUGUUUUAGAAGAUAUUAAACAUACAUUACAGGAAUGCAGCGAGAGAUUUCCAGUCCAAACCAGAGCAAUCCCAGACAGUGAUAUCAGAGCACAACGAAUGAUUUUAUCAAGUCCAAAUAGUUCAAGUCAAAUUAAAUGUGUUAUAACAUUACGUGGUGACAGUGUAUCACAAGCUGAUAUCAAUUUUAAACAUAAACAUGUAAAAGAACAGAAUCAUUUGUUUAAAACCAGUUUUCAUCCUGAUAGACAGUGGAAAUUACAACAGGUACAAGAUGCUGGAAACCAUUUGUGUAAUGCCCAGAAUAUUCUUGGUGAUCUUGACCCGAAUUAUAAAUUUAAAUCUGCUCAGGAAGUUUUAUUGUUACUAGAAGAAUUGAUGGCAUGUUUAAUGAAAUGUAGAACGAGUCUUGCGAUGCCGAAACGUAAAUCACUAACGGACCUAAUCUCCAAUAAAAAUAUGCAAAUAUUCCAUCCUGCCCUUCCAAACGACGUCGCCUUGUCUUUUUAUAUUCAUGCAUCAAAACUGAUUCUGGCCAUGUACCACUUACAUACCAAUAGUCAACAAAAAAUAGAAAUAACAGCAAGACUUCAGGUAGAGUCAGUGGUCCAGUGGCUGAAUGAAGCCAUCGUGUUUUUUACACUUGCUUUACAGCAAUGUCAGCAACUUAAAGACAAGAUCAUAGCUCUAUGUCAGUAUGAUGGAAUGUCGUAGUGAUAGAUUCAGGAUUCUACAAGCUAUUGUGAUAAAUAUUGAAAAUAAGGCAGUGGACAAUAACCCACAGUAUACAUAACAAAAAUUAUCUGCGGCCUUAUUCUUGAAAACUUAACUAAAAAGGAUUUUAAUGUUCCAGUCACGUGAUUGGUCCAUCACAAAAAUCGAUUUUAUACUCCAUUUUACUAUCCAAUCAGAUAACAGUAUUUGUUAAAAUCCAGAUUUUAUAUCACCAGUAGCUAAGUUUUCGAGUAUAAGGAACAGAAUGGAUGAAUUUAGUGUUAUGUAUACAGGCAAUGUUUUGAGAAUGAUUCCAAUUACGCAGAUGGGACCAAAGAUUUGAGUAAUGUAAAGGUCUGCUAGUUUUAAUUGAUAAGAGAUUGCGGGUAGUUAUUAAUUAAAUCAUGGUAUUAUUAAGGGAUUCAAGGGAGCUUAAAAUUUUUAAAUUUUAUGGACACUUAUACAGGCUUUGUAUCCAGAAUACAGGUUACGACAUUGUUUUAUUAACUGGAAGAAGUAUGAUGAAUGGGGAUGUGGUAUGGACACGAUGUUAUACAGGUUCCAUUUGUACCCUUAUAAGUUCCAAUCCUUGAAAACUUUACUUGGAUAAAGUAAUCUAUUUGGACAAUCAAACUAAAAUUGAUAAGAGACAUUCUUAACUCAAAUUUCAGAUUAUGUUGUUACAAUUGCAAAAACUAUUUUGGAUGAUUUGGCAAUAUUAGAUAGGAAUAUGUAAUGGUACAAAUAGAAACCUUUUGUGGCCCUAACCUUAGAACUGUAAUAGUAUUAUAGUUCUAUGCCCUAACACAAUGCAAAGGGUAAGAAACUUCUUUUGAAUCCUUCUAAAUCAAAGGUGUACAAAGGGGAAUAAAUAUGUAUAUUAUAUGAUGUAGAAAUUACUUGGAUCCAGAAGACAAUCUGACUAAAAUACAGAUCCAGAUGUUUUUUGUCCUCUUUUACUGUCUUUGAUUCUAUUUAUAAUCCAUAAUCUGAGGGUGGAAAUUCCCCCAUCCCCACCUACCCAUGAACCAAAAAUAUAAAUUGUUUAGUCAAAAUGUGCAUUUUGCAUUGUCAAAAUGUAAUAAUUUUGAAGGGACAUCCUUUUAAAGAUGGGUUCCCUUAUUUUCAUUUAUGAAAAUGAAAAUGUUAAUCUAUUCUUAUGACUUUGAAAAAUACCCGUUGGUCUCGCGUGUCCAUAAUUAAUUCAUAAUUAGCUAAAUUAGAAGAGAAUUACCAGCAGAAUUCCAAUGAGUGACCGAUCAAGAAAGGUCAAAAAGUCUUUUUUUUGUUUAUCCAGACUGUACAUACAUGGAUAUUUAUGAUUGGUUAAAACACUAAAUUAUAUGCAAUAUAAG